CAGUCCAUUGAUUCAGGAGCCAGCCUGCCUUUUGCAAAGGCCGCUUCCCGGCCGGCCGGCCGGCGGAGUGAAACAUCUCAGGGAGGCAGGGCAGUUUUUUGUAAAGGUGCCAAGCCGCUUCCAUCAAUUUCCUCGCCUGCUGCUUUGACGGACUGAGUUAAAAGGGGGCGGACGGGCUGAAGAACCUUCCCCAGCCCUAAGCAAGCAGAAAAUUCUUCCUCCUCUCUUCUUCCGGACAAUGAAAAUAACCCUGACUGGCGUUUAGCAUCUGGGAGCAAUUCUUCAGCAGCAACAGCAGCAGCAGCAUGGUCCAGCAGAGGAACAUGAGGAGCCGUGCGAUCGAGUCCAAGAGGGAGGUGUGUCCCCAGCUAGCCACCAAAGACUCCCUGCUCCUGAAGGAAGCCGGCACCAAGGGCGAGCCUGCCUGGUGCAAGACGCCGAGUGGCCACAUCAAACGGCCCAUGAAUGCCUUCAUGGUGUGGUCGCAGAAUGAGAGGCGGAAGAUCAUGGACCAGUGGCCGGACAUGCAUAAUGCCGAGAUCUCCAAGCGCCUGGGCAGGAGGUGGCAGCUCCUACAGGACUCGGAGAAGAUCCCCUUCGUCAAGGAGGCGGAGCGCCUGCGGCUCAAGCACAUGGCUGACUACCCAGACUAUAAGUACCGGCCCAGGAAAAAGGGCAAAAUUGGGGCCAGCAAGUCCCGGCCAAGGCUCCCUGUGAAGAUAAAACCAUCUGUCCUCAGCCGGGUCACCUCCAGCAGAAGGCAGCCUUCCAAGCAUGACUCCAGCUGCCAGAUGGGAGAGUCCACACUCAAGAUGGAAGAGGACCUCCUAGAGGUGCGGCUGUCGGAGACGCCCUCUGAGGACUGCCCGAAGGCACCUGGCAAGGAGUUCUGGCACAUGGUCCCUGCCGCGCGGGCGGCUGGGGAGAAAAGGAGCAAGAGGGAUGACUCCGUUGAGUCCCACCAGCCGAAGGACCCAGAACCCACCGCGCAGCCCUUCCUGGAGCAGGUGAGCUCCCCAGAGAGCGGGUCCCCCUCCCCGAUGUCAACCGCAUCCCCGCCCUCCUCCUUCUCCUCCUCUGAUGAAGAGCUGGAGGAAGAGCUCUUGGGUGUCCUGCCCGGGAAGGCCCAGCCGAGCGCAGCCUGCGGAGCCCUGGACUGGUCAGUCUUCGACAAAGACCUCGACCUUUUCCCCUUGGGAGUCACCUCUCACUUUGAGUUCCCAGACUAUUGCACUCCGGAGGUGACGGAGAUGAUUGCUGGGGACUGGCUGAUGUCCAGCAUCUCGGACUUGGUCUUUACGUACUGAGUCCCGCAUUCGGCAGGUAACUCUUUUCCACAAUCAGGUUGUAUCAAAAAACAGGAAGAAAAACCAGCUGUUUACAUGCAGGAAUCAGGUAUUUUGCCUUGAACACAUUCAAAGGCAGACACUCCCGAUCACCCCAUCCCCCGCUGCACACACCCACUUCUCCCAGCUCUAGCACAGUCGCCCUGCUCCAGUCCAGAGCCACGGGGGCUGCAGCUCGGUGGCUGGGCUGGGCCAUCACCUUUCAUUCCCGAAGCCUUGGGGAGGACGGGGCUUGACACGGCCUUUAUUUUGCCAUGAAAUGUGACUGUCUAAUCAGGUUUUCAUUGUGAACCUCUCUUCUCCCGUCUCCCCUUCCCCCACCCCUGCUUCCAGCUGCUGCUCAGCUCUGCCGCCAUCCAUCCCUCCACUGCUGAGAGACACUCCCCCCACUCCAUCUCGCUUCUACCCCAGAUUUUUCCCUCCUGCCCUCUCUUGCUAGCAGAGGCCACCUGCCCCCUCCCAAUGCAUUUUCAUGCCCCUUUCCUCCUUCCCCGCUCCUUCGCAUGGCUGGGAAUCACCGGUUUCCUUUGCUUUUAUUUCAGUGCAUUGUCAAACCUGCCUUCGUUUUUCUCCUCUUCCUUCGAACAGCCCUUGGGAAGAGAGCCCAGCCGGGUCCGCCCAUCCCCGGGUUUAUAGGGAUGCCAGGGACCAUGUACAGCUCACGCUCUCCCACCCUUCCAAUACCCAGUUUUAUUGGGGCUCCGGCGGGACAAGCCUCCGUCCCUGCCUAGUUGCAACGGCGCACGCACGCUCCCCGCAACUCACUUUGGGAAAGAGCGAAGUUGCACGCACGUGAUUUGCACGUGGAUCCGAGAGGCUGUUCCUCUCUCCAGACGCUCGUGCAGGCAACUACGCCGUGCGGGGAGCCCGUUCCGAGGAAGGACCCUGCUCCCUGUUAAUACGAGAGGUGAGCCAAAGGCAGGGAAAGUGGGCACAUGUUGCUUCCUUCUGCACCGCACCCUGAUUUUAGCACCGAGUGGCUGAGCCCUGAGCCCUGGCAUUGCUGGCGAUUCGCCCACACCAGCCCAGCGCUGCUCAAAACUCAGGCUCAAGCUCCUGUCUGGUCUCGGCCAGCGGUGCCGGUCUCACCCAUGCCCCGUUCUGAUGAUUUGCCCAGGGUGAGGCGGCUUUGCGGGCAGUGUGCUGCUCCAGGGCUUGCUGGGGAGGGGAAGCCACAGGGAAAUCUGCCUUAAGUGACCACCCAAAAGGGACCAACAACAACGGAGCCCGAUGCUUGGCUGAGCUGGGUCUGUAACUGAAGGUCGAAUAAAACGGUCCUGUAUGCUGCAUGGGGACGCUUCACAAUUCACAGUGCCUGCAUCCGUUUGGGGAGCUGGGCCUUAGGGCAGCUUUCCCUGCAGACUAGUGACCUGGGGCUUCCUGGCAGGGAAUGCCCUGGUUGAAGGGCUCUUUGGCUCGGUUUUUCCUUGCCUUUGCUAAUGUCUCCUUCCUGCAGUAAAACCGCCUCCUCCUGCUGCUGCCUGGAAACAUAUGGCUGCAAUGGCAGGCUCGGAUUUAAAGGCACAGUACAAUGCUGCAGAAGGAAGGAACCUUUCUGCCCAGGUAUGAAUGUGCUUUGUUUGGUGGCCCUAGAAAGGGCACGAGCUGCUCCCUGGCCACAACCUGAGAUUGAGGGGUGGUGCUGCAGGAAGCGGGUCCCCGAGCAAGAUGAAAUCCCAGUUGGCUGGAAAGGGUGAGGGGGCGGGGCAGGUCUGAGAUCGCACUGUCCUGUUGAUGGCUUGGGAUGUGACUUAGUCCUGAAGACACCCCACAGCUAUCCGCCUUCGGCUCGCCAGGGAACUCUUGCUUUACGCAGCUUCUGAGGUCUCCUCUGCCCUGGAUCCCACCCCCCAGUGAGGCAGCCCCUCGGACAUCUCUCAGGAAGGGGAGCACCCUGAACGUAGGCAUGCUGGGGUGCCGUGUUGCCGCAGAAAUCGGGGCAGGGCUUGUCCCCUUGUUUCUCAGCAGCUCUGCCUCACCUGUCCUGGGCUCCUAGGGCUGUUUCUCAGGUGGCCGCUUGACUCUAGGUGAGAAUUCCCCAGUUCCCACAGCUGGAAGGAUUUCCAUUCAGACUCGGCCAAAGCUCAGAGUCUGGAAUUGUUCGGGUAUGAAUGGGAUCUCCUUCACUAGGAAACUGUCUAGCCGUAUGAAACAACAUGAUUCAAAAAGUCCAGGCUCUUAACGCCGGCAUGAUCUUCAGAGAUGCCAAGCACCUACCACCUCCGCUGGGAGCUAUGGGUGAGUGGUGCCUCUGAAAAUCAGGUCCUGUGCAGGGCCUCAUGUAGAUCACUGUUGGCUUUUGAGUCAAACCGCGAUCCCAAACCGCGAUCUAAGUGGCUUUAGUUUAAAUGGCCCAGAUGUUAGACUUUGAACGGGGACAAGUGGGCGUGUACAGGAAGUCCUUUCCCAAGGACAUUCCAACCCCCUAUUCCCCAGCUGAUCAGCUGAGCUCUCGGGAUACGUUUGAGAAAUAUUAUAGAUGUGUGUGUGUGUAGAUAUGGAUUCAAAUUUAUAAACUAGGUUUAAAGAGCACUGAGACCAUAAUGCAAAUAUGCAAAAAGCAAGGGAUCCUUCCUGAGCAAAACAAAUGUUUCCCACAUCAGCCUCACCUUUCCUUCUCCGGCACCAAGGCGUGCAAGCCGUUAAAAUACAAUGCCGUGAACAGACCUUAGCAAACCAAAUAAACCCAUGGAAAUCCACACGAAUUACAGAUGGUCCCCGAGAUCCCCUGCUCAAGGCAGCCCAUUCACCUGCAGUGGCAUGUGGACACUACAGCCCAUCUGCGUCACUCAGCCUCUAAUGCAGAGCUCUUCCCCCGCAGCUUCCUUCCCCCCAGGCAGAGGCCAGACAGGCCCAUUGUAAUGAAAACCCCACCCCCCUUCCCUUCCCAGCAGGGCCCCUAUGCAGAGGAGGGCCAGCCUUUAAAGGACCUGGGGAGACUGGC